UUGUUAGGUGACUUCCACCUUCGCAGGGUGGCAGAUGGGAGCGGGGUGCAGUUUUGCAACAGUGUAGGCUACACGAUGUUUGCACGACAGAUGAGUACACGUUCCCGAGAACUCCUCUAACAAGUCUGAACAAGAGUAGACCUGCUGAUGGUGAUGAUGAUGGUGGUGAUGAUGAUGUGAAGGGCUGUAUUCCCCGCUGGGUUGAACACUGCUUGUUUAAGUGUUUGUGGGUGUGUGGGUCCCUGUGUCUUACUAUCUGUAUUGUUGCUCCACCUCCAUCGCCUUGAAUUGAAGUUACAGUUCAGCCCCGGUGAGGCAGUUUCUCAAGAGGAAGCGGACGGGCGGCGGAUUGCGCUCAGUGAGGAGACGAUACACAGAAAAUUGACGAUGGCAGAGAAUAAAGUGGGCCCGAACAUCCAGGCCGGAGCCGGAUUCUUCGCCAAACGGGUCCAGAAGUCCUUGAAUCGAGCUCAGGAGAAGGUCCUUCAGAAACUGGGCAAAACCAUGGAGACCAAGGACGAACAGUUUGAGCAAUGUUCCCAGAGCCUCAACAAACAACAGAUGGAUGGAGGCAGGUUGCUUAAAGAUGUCAAAGCCUACUAUGCAGCAGUGAAAGCCGUGCACGAGACAUCCAAGCGGCUGUCCCAGACAUUGCGAGACAUCUACGAACCAGACUGGAACGGAAUGGAAGACCUUGCUGUCAUUAUAGAAAGUGAAGACUUACUGUGGAACGACUAUGAAGAGAAAAUGAGUGACCAGAUUGUCCGCACCAUGGAGAACUAUACAAGCCAGUUCCCUGAGGUCAAGGAACGAGUAUCUAAACGCGGUCGUAAGCUGGUGGACUACGAUUCAGCACGUCACCACCUGGAGGCACUACAGAGUGCUAAGAAAAAAGAUGAAGCCAAAAUAACUAAGGCAGAGGAAGAGUUCAACAAAGCCCAGAAUGUCUUUGAAGAAAUAAAUAACGAGCUGAGAGAGGAGCUGCCUGUCCUUUAUCAAAGCCGGAUAGGCUGCUAUGUGACGGUGUUCCAAAACAUAUCAAACCUGAGAGAUGUCUUCUAUAAGGAAAUGAGCGUGCUGAACCAUGAGCUGUACAAUGUGAUGAAGAAACUGGAGACUCAACACUCAGGGAAAGCUUUCAUCAUCAAGGGUCUGAACAGCGCAACAAGCAAGUCAAAGAAGAGAAAGUCCCUUGUCAUCUCCAAUCCCAUCCCCUGUAAUACAGCUUUCCCAGCUGACCACGUCUCCAUCCAUUCCUCCACUGAAAAUGGAAAAGACAAUGUGCCCUCUUCUCCUGGUCAAAGAACACAGAGCAUCUCUGAAGAAACCAGUUCACCAGAAGAAAGUGGUGUCUCAUCCAAAGAUGUGAACUCUUCAGACUCCGAUCUCAGCUCCAGCGGGAUCAACACACCCAAGAGGCAGUCGGUGUGUGACAAUGAGAACAGUGACAGCACAGUGAGUGAAAAUCCAGAGGAGGCAGUGGCGGCGGCGGCGGCAGCUGAUGCAGAGCUCGCUACAAACCAGUCAGAUGACUCUGGUGUGGGCGUCCCAAAGCCGGAGGCUGCAAGUCAGGAAGUGUUCGGUCCCCCUGAUUCUGCAGAUAGCGAAGCCCCUCAAAGUCCUGAGCAGGACAACAUGAGUGAUCCUCCAUCAGAGGAUGCCAAGCCCAAAACUGGACCAGUUCCCGCCCCUCGCCUAUCCUUCCGCUCCACAGAUGAAGGCCCUCUCCUCCCUGCUGAGGAGCAGGAGGAGACAGAAGCAGCAUCUGGCAACCAGGAGACAGCAGAGUCAGGAGAGGACUCCGAUUCCCAGAAUCCACCUGGCUUUCUAUACAAGGGGGUGGCGCUAGAGUCCCAUGCAGCAUCUGAAGACGGCCUGCUCCAGUUUGAACAGGGAGACAUCAUCCUGGUGCUUGCUGACACUCAUGAGCAGGAAGGCAUGGUGAAGGGAAUCAGGGAGGAGAGCUGGAACCAGCACAGGGAUCUAGAAAAUCACUCUGGGAUCUUCUCGGAAAAACUCAUCCAGCCUGUUGAGGCAGAGUGAGGCAAUCGUCACUCCUCAGUCUGUAAUACUUUCUUCUUCCAUCGACCAAUUUGUGACUCACACAUACACACACACACACACACCCACCCACGCAUAGAGGGAGUGAACCCAUAUGUUUUGGGUGCAGAAGCUGUACAAACAGAUGAGCAAAAGUCCCACGUGGUUAUUCACAUGCUAUGAUGUUGCAACUUGUGGAACAAAAGUGAUGGAGCUUUAGAACAUUUUGUGAGAUAUGUUUGGCUUACAUUUUUACAGUAUUUUGAUCUUAAUGCAUAUCCAAAGUCUUUCUUGAAACACUGUGAAACAAAAAAAUCUUUUUAUAUUGACGCUGUUAUCUUAUGUAAAAUUUCCUAAUAAAGUCUGAGUGAAAGAUAA